UCAGCAAAGUCUUCAGUUCUCAUUGACACUCCAUAAUUGGAAGAAAGUUACUGCUUUCUUUUGUUUUUAAUUUUUAUUGUGUUAACAUAUACAACACAGAAUUUCCCAUUUUAACCUCUUUCUUGCGUACAAUUCAGAGAUAUGAAUUAUAUUCACAAUUCAUUACCAUCACCACCAUCCAUUACCAAAACUUUUUAACUCCCUCAACAGAAACUCUGUACCCAUGAAGCAAUAGCUCCCCAUUCUCCAACCACUACCCUCCAGUCCCUAAUAACCUAUAAUCUACUUUCUGUCUCUAUGUAUUUGCUUAUUUUAGGUAUUUCAUAUAAGUAAAGUCAAAAAAUAUUUGACCUUUUGUGUUUGGCUUAUUUAAGUCAAUGUGGUAUCUUCAAGGUUCAUCCAUGUUGUAGCAUGUAUGGGAGCAUACUGUUAAUUAAAGCACUGACUCUUAAGGGAAAUACAAUGUGUUCACCCUAGUGGGGUCCAUCCCUGGCUACCAUUAAGGAGAAAUUAUUAUGACAAGGGUCCUUUUAAUGUCUCUGGCAACUAAACUUUUUUGAAUAAGGUUCAAUGUUUUAAUAAGAAUCUAGUGCAUUUCAUUUAAAGAAGUAAAGUAGUUGAGACCCAGCCCAGGAAGAGGAUGCCCUAGGGUAAGUGGGCAACUAGAAAGAAAAGAAUCACUGUCCUCUGUUAUUUCAAUCUGUUGUACUUUAGUAACCAGGAUCCUAUUUUGCCUAAGUCUUUUGGGCACAGCAAACUAAUGUAUUGAUAGUCAUUGCUGCAUUCACCCUGAUAAUUACAACUGUAUAAACCUGACCUUUAUCAUUGGACUUCCCUAGACUCUUAUCCAUCAACUGAACCUGUUUCUAAAUAAUAUCAAUACUUUUCAAUUGUGUAUUUUUCUUAUGAGAAAUAUCUACCAUAUUAAAAGGAGAAAUUUUUUAGGGCAUGUAUGUUGCCCCUUUUACCCACCACCAAAGGUGUUCUAGGCUUCAGAUAUGAAAUAGUUUACAAUAAAUGUUAAUUUAUCACGAUAUCAUACAGUAUAUGUUUCUUGAUGUAUUUCUAUGAAGUAGAGGUUCCACUUUAACUCCACGACUAUUAUUCCACAUGACUCUUUUUUUCUUCCCCUCUAGACUUCUCCAGAGAACCCUGGGACAGUAGAAGAAGCAGGCCAGCCCACAGCAGACCCAGGCAUGGUCAUGGACAGUGUGGAAGCAGGUGACAUGACUCCUCCCACAAAAAGGAAGAGCAAGUUUUCAGGCUUUGGCAAGAUCUUCAAACCCUGGAAGUGGAGGAAAAAAAAAAGUAGUGAUAAAUUCAGAGAGACUUCAGAAGUUUUAGAGCGAAAGAUAUCUAUGCGAAAACCCAGAGAAGAGCUGGUUAAAAGAGGAGUUCUGUUGGAAGACUCUGAGCAAGAUGGGGAGGAUCCAGGGAAGUUGAGCCAUUCUGUGUUGAAGAAUGGCCAUACCAACCCCAUUUGGGGUGCCAGAUCUUCUAGUCCAGUCCAAGUGGAGGAAGAUCCAGAAAGAAUAUCAAGUCUUAGGAAACCUGCUCUAGAAGAGGAUGCAAAAAAGCGUCUCGGCUCAACUGAAAGCCAGCCUAAUUCUGAAGCAGAGUCUGUUCCUGAGAAUGUACCCAAACAGCCUUUACUUCCCCCAAAAAGACUCUUGUCCUCUUCUCACGAAGCAAGUGAAAGGCAAGAAAAGGAUGCCACUGCCUCUGGCAGCACUGCAAGGUCCAUCUCCUUCACCUCUGCCUCCUCCACCACUACAGCACCUACUGCCACCACUACUGCUGUGAACCUAGCAAAGACUGUUAAUUCCUCUAUCGCCCCUUCCCCAGCACCCAGGACUCUGCCUGCUGCUCCUGCCAGCACUAACACUACUGCUACCCCAAGCCUGACCCAUACGGUACCUGCCAAGCAGCCUCCUGUCCCUCCCCCUAAACCAGCUCACAGAAACAGCAACCCUGUCAUUGCUGAACUAUCCCAAGCAAUAAACAGUGGUACAUUGUUAUCAAAACCAUCCCCACCCUUACCACCUAAGAGAGGCCUUCCAUCAACUUUGGUACCCUCCUCGGAGUCUGCUGCUGCUGCCACCACAAAAGCACCAAGUGAUCAAAGAGAGAAGAGUACAUGCUCUGUGGGCUCUGUACCUCUGCUGAUGAUCCCACCCCCCUCACCAUCUCCCCCACUGCCUACUCAUAUACCUCCAGAGCCCCCACGAUCCCCUCCAUUCUCCUCUAAGACUUUUCAAGUUGUGCCAGAAAUCGAGUUUCCACCUUCCUUAGACCUACCCCAGGAGGUCCCUCAGCAGGAAGAUCAGAAGAAGGAAGUACCCAAGAGGAUGAUGGAGCAGAACUUUUGGGACCCCCAUGUACCCUGUAGGUUGCCCCCACUCCCACUGCAUAUUCGAAUCCAGCAGGCCCUGACCAGCCCACUGCCCGUGACUCCUCCCUUGGAGGGCUCUCAUAGAGCUCAUUCGUUGCUCUUCGAGAACAGUGACAGCUUUUCUGAGGACAGCAGUACCCUGGGUCGAACCAGGUCACUUCCCAUCACUAUCGAAAUGCUGAAAGUUCCAGACGAUGAAGAAGAAGAGGAGCAGAUCUGCCCUUGUGCAUUCAAUGAAGACAUGGCGUCUACCUCAGUCAAGCCUAAACUUCCGCAGUGUCUGCAGGAGCAAGUGAAAGAGAAGGAGAGCGACUCUGAUUCAGAGGGUCCUAUUCAGUACAGAGAUGAGGAAGAUGAAGAUGAAAGCCAAAACAAUGCUCUGGCCAGCAAAGUGAAGAGGAAAGACACACUGGCAAUGAAACUGAACCACAGACCCAGUGAACCAGAAUUGAACCUGAAUUCUUGGCCCCGAAAAAGCAAGGAGGAGUGGAAUGAAAUACGGCACCAGAUUGGAAAUACACUGAUCCGGCGACUGAGUCAAAGACCAACACCAGAAGAAUUAGAACAACGAAAUAUACUGCAGCCUAAAAAUGAAGCUGAUCGUCAGGCAGAAAAACGAGAGAUUAAACGUCGGCUCACGAGAAAGCUGAGCCAAAGGCCCACUGUGGCUGAACUACUGGCCAGGAAGAUUCUGAGAUUCAAUGAGUAUGUUGAGGUAACAGAUGCUCAAGAUUAUGACCGGCGAGCCGACAAACCUUGGACCAAACUGACCCCUGCUGAUAAGGCUGCCAUAAGAAAAGAAUUAAAUGAAUUUAAAAGCUCAGAGAUGGAGGUUCAUGAAGAGAGCAAACAUUUUACACGCUACCAUCGUCCAUGAUGCUGAAGUUUUGAGAGAGGAACUAAACAACUCCCCCAAAACAGGGCUGCUUUGCUGCUUCAUCCUCCUUCAGUUCUUCCCAGCACAACCAGAAUUGGACCCUCUAGGGUGUAGUUCUGGGAUGACAGCACUUCUGUGAAUGUAGCAUUUCACUGGAAUGAAUUCUUACUUGCUGCCUCUGGGGCACAGCUAAACACUUGUCAGUGCUUUUGAACUUUUUAAUAUUGCAGCAUAGCUGAGGGGUCUUCCCUCACCAGCCACCAAAGUUCUGGGCCACUUGCAGGUUCCAAGUUUUAUUGGCCGCACUGCACCCUCGACCCAAGAUGACUGCCUGUGCUGAAGCACAGUUUGCACCAUUGGCCUUACCUGCCUGCUCUAGUUGUGAGACCCACUUGUGUAGGCGCUAAGUUCCAGCCGUCGUUUCCCAUUGGUGGUGGGCAAAACCUCUUCUGGAGGUCCCCAGUUUUCUGGCAAAGGGACCCCUUCCUCCAGGGGAAGCAGCCACACCACACUGGAAUGUCAGUUGAAAACCAUUGCACCAUACCUCUUAUAAACACAGCAAUAUAAGAAAGGAUGCUCAGGAUCUGAUGUGUUGCUCCUUUUUGGCACAAGUUACCCUGAUUUUUUACAAAAAAAAAAAAAAGGUUUUGAAGAGGUGAUGGGAACUUAUGUAUUUCCUGUCUGUUAAAGAAUCAGCUGCAA